AUUUUUCUGUAGAGGAUUUUUUUUUUUUUUUAAAUUACAUGAACACAAUUAUAGGUUCUAAUGGAAUUUGGGAAGAGGUUGCUAGGGAAAGUUAUUUGCAUUAAUGACUUUAUAAUCCUUUAUUAUAUUCAUUGACCAUUCGAGAACUUUGUGGUAUACUUUUUGGGCACUUAUUGUUUUGAUAAAUUUAUUUGUAUUGUAUUAGCCCAACAGCAGUUUUGUAGUUUUGUGUAUCAGCUAAGUAUCAAUGUAGCUUUCCAGGCUUCUUGAGAAAGGCCAAGCAACUCAUAAUUGGGUCUUUACUCUUUAUGCAUGCAUACAAAGUAUAUAAAUUCAUCUUUUGGGUCUUUUAAUGCAUGCAUACAAAGUAUAUAAUAAAUUCACUUUUUGUCCAUUGUCUUCAACUGUUGCAGGGAAAACUGAAAACGUGGUGGAAUGUACUCCCCAAAAACCAACCCAGCCAGUUGUGUUUGACCCUCAAGGGCUUCUGCAUAUAUACAGGUUGGGUAGAGUCUCUGAGAAGUAAAGAUGCAAACUUUGAUGCAAUUGUGAGUUUCAGAGGUAUGUUUUGACUUCUAAUUGUGAGUUUCAGAGGUUCUGAAAAUGGUUUUCUAGCUGAUUUGCCAUUGCCAGAACGAACAUGAAAAGCUGAGGUUCAUAGAAAGCAUGGCACAGAUGCAUUCUAUGUGGAUAUCAGUGAAGAAAAAUAUCAACUGUAAAUGCAGGCUGGCAGAUGUAAUUUGCCACCUACCAAAACCAGCUAAUUGCAAAGGCAGCCACUUUCACAACUCAGAAACUGGGCUCACUCCUCAAAUCCUGUGUGCCAAGCAAUAUCUUAUAUCUACUAUGCAGAAGCAAAAACGGUUUCAUGAACUGGAGGCUGGGAACCCAUCGAGGAACAUAGUUGAGAUGAUCUUUCGAGCUGCUUCUAAAAACCCAUCAAAGCAUCCCAGGUUAAUAAAGAGAGUCAUGAGAGUGAAAAACACAAUAGAUGUCUUGGAUAGAUUUGAGAAGUACAGAGAGGCGGUGAAGAGCAGGUCUUGUGAGAUGUGCAAGAGCCACCCAAGAAGCAUGGUGGAUGGAAAUGAAUUAAUGCAAUUCUAUGGCACAACAAUGACCUGCUGUAACAAAGAGAGGACAAAAAUAUCCGACCUUUGCAAAGACCCCAAUUGCCGUGUUUGUAGGCUAAUUCAAUCUGGUUUCAACACUUCAUACAACAAGAAAAAUGGGAUCCGGCUCAGUACAAACAGCGAUACCCUCUGUGAGGAUACAACCGUAAUCUCUAACAGGAACAAAGCCAAGAGGGCAGUGAUAGUUUGCCGCACCAUUGCUGGCAUAGUAGAGAAGGAUCAAAACUUGCUCGAAGAAGAUGGACUGGAUACAAAGCUAGAAUAUUUAACUGUAAAAGACCCUAGUGCUGUACUCCCGUGUUUUGUUAUAGUUUUCUGCUGACUAUCCUUGUAUAACCAUUCAAACC